AUGCAGCGGCUGAAUAAAGACGACAACCUUAUACAAUCCCCUUUUGGAAUGGAUAAAGAUUCGGCCGAAUGGGAUGAUUUGGUUGUUGGCCAUGAACUUGAUUGGUUGGCUGUGGAGGCUUCCGAGACACCCAAGGAAGAUAUAUCCAAUAAACAGAUAUCUAUGGGAGGCACAUCAAAAGAAAUCCGUCAGAAGAGUUACAUCUGGCAUAUUACAGGACAGCAUGAAGAUGCUACGGCCGGUAAAGACGAGGCAAGUGAAAACCUCCUCUUUCGCAAUAGAAUUCGUCUAUCUCCUUUGACUGGUCAUUAUCCCAAUAAUGAAAUGGAACCGGAGGAUUGUCAGUCUUGGCAAGGUGAACGAGUCAAAUUCCGUCUUAAAGCCAAGGGUCUAGGUGCGGCAAUAUCUCACGCAGUGGAGACUCUUUUCCCCGAUUCUACAAUUAAGGAGCCCAUUUAUUUGAAAGUUAAAGUUAUGGUAAAGAAUAUUAUGUCUCCAAUACUUGCGCCUGAAGAAGUUGAUCCUUCUCAGCUUGAAGAAGCUGCUCUUGACCAAUCUCUGGAAACUAUCUCCAUCAAAAUGAUGCCACCAAAUGGCUUAGAUCAUGUCAACUGGAGAACCGACUCCUCACAGCUGGAAGCAGCUCUGGGACUUUGGUAUUGGUCUAUGACUUCCAAGAAAGAGACUCAUGAUGAGAUUGUUUCCUCUCUCAUCCUCAAACGCAACAAAAAGAUGUUCAAGAUUAUAUCCGCUUCUUCCGGAGACCAAGAGUGGGAUAAGUCCAUCGAGGCAGAUAUGAACCUAUGGCAAGGGUCUAGCCACCUCAAAUAUGACAAGCUGUCGUUGAGGGUAAAUAAGAGGAAUAAAUACAGUCUCGCUGAUUUUUGGUUUCCGAUCGGAGACUAG